UUUCUCACAUAGCGGUCUGAUUUGUUAAGACUAGCAGCAAGCAAUUUCCCACUGAUUUCGUCAUUCAAAAACGGUACAACAACAAGAGAUGGGUGUCAACGUGUGGUGCAAGAAUUGUCGGCUGCUGUGGCCUAUAGUCCGAGAGUAUUAUAAAAGAGCUUCUGCCAGUUUUGGAUAACAUCAUUAGAAUCGGAGCUGAUGGGAAAUUGACGGUGAAGUACAAAAAUCGAAACACCAUUUCUCAUAUAGCGGUCUGAUUUGUUGAGACUAGCAGCAAGCAAUUUCCCAGUGAUUACGUCAUUCAAAAACGGUACAACAAUUACGACAAGAGAAGUGUGUCAACGUGUGGUGCAAGAAUUGUCGGCUGCUGUGGCCUAUAGUCCGAGAGUAUUAUAAAAGAGCUUCUGCCAGUUUUGGAUAACACCAUUAGAAUCGGAGCUGAUGGGAAAUUGAAGGUGAAGUACCCUCUGCAAUACCUGAUAGGUAAUUGACACUCGGGAAUCUCCUGAGCCACAGCAAACAUCACUUAAUGAAAGUCUAGCCUUCCAAAUUCAACACCCCAAUUCACAUAUAAAAACAAAAAUGCCUGGACGAGGUCGAGGACGUGGACGUUGGCGUGGACGUGGCCGGGGUGGUGGAAGGAAUCAGGGUGGCAGAGGACAGCAGUCUGAUCAGGAUACAGAUGUAUGGAACCUCACUGAAACAGCUACUUCUGAUCAGGACUUUGAGAAACGACCCGAGUUGCUCUUCACAUCAUCUAAAGUGACCUUUGACCAGCACUUGGCUGCUCAGGAAAGCUACAAGAAUGUUUAUCUGGCUACUAUGAAGGUCCUGCUUGCCAAUGGCGUCAGUGUCUCUCAAGGGAUUAAAGUUCGUGCAUUGGCUGUAGCAUGGGCUCGCAAGGACCACGCCCUGGCUGAGACCUUCCUUCAGGACUCUGAAACCUUCACCAUGGCAGAGAUCCUGAAGGCUCUUAACCUCCUGGAUGCAGGGCGUAGGAUGCGGGAGAAAGAGCGCCACCUCAGGCAGCUUCAGGUACAGAUACAGGAGAAGGUCAAAGUCAACCCUAAAAAGAUGUCAAAGGUCAAAUCGGAUAUUGACAACUUCAAUGCCACCAAGCCUAAGGUUGGUUCAGUGAGUGGAGCGCUGAGUCGUCAUAUCCGCCGUUGGGUACGCAGUCUGACCAGUGCUCAGCUGGAAUUCUAUGCUCUGCACUAUCCCAAGGAACCAUGGAAAACUCUGGCUGAUAUUUGCCAUCUUAAUCCAAAAAAGGACUUUCCUGAGAAGCCAUGGUUCCUGCCAUACUGCUUUGGUGAGCCAGCACCAAGUGAAAGCUUGGUUGCCAAGUGUGCUGGGAUGAAUGCUGAAAACAUCGAUGAAUUGGUAAAGGGAGUGGAUGUUCCGUACACUCACAUCAAGCAGUUCACCGUCAAUCUCACAGAGGAGAGCAAGGAACGUAUAGCCACCUACGAGGAGAAGGUCGACACCCUCCUGUGGUACUAUGAGGAUCUGCAUUGCCCUAAGGUAGAUGAGGUGAUCUGCCGUCGUAUCAGCGAUGGGGAGGCAGUGACUCUACCCUCAGGAAAGCUGAUCGAGAGGUUGCUUUUGAUGAAGACCCAAGGGAUUGGAUCCUGCGUCAUGGAGUCUCUCAUUCCCGAGGCAGCAAAGAGGCUCAAAACCAUGAAGGUUUCCUUGGAGGCUCCUGUAGCUAUACUUGGUGACCGGUCACCUUCCAUGGACAUUGCCAUCAAGACCAGUACUAUCAUAGCAGGUCUUCUGACUGCCAUCACAGAUGCAAAACUCUCCUUCUUCUCAAAUAAGGACUAUGUGCCUGAAAAGAUCCCGAAAACCAUAACUGAGAUACUUAAGAUGGCCUCUACUCUGAAGACACAUGGAAGCACGGCCCCUGCAGCCAGUCUUUGGCCGUAUUAUGAACGCAAGGAGGUUAUCAAGACAUUCGUAGUUGUGACGGAUGAGGAGGAAAACUGUGAUAAUAAUGGCUAUCGCUUCCAAGCACUAUUCAAGAAAUACCGGGAAGAGGUGUACAGCGAUGCCAAACUGGUCUUCAUCUCCUUCCUUCGCAGCCAGCACGCUCCUGGUCAGAUGGUCAGUCUGCUGACCGCUGAUGGUAUCCACCCCAUGCAGUUCAAGUUCAGUCGUGACCGGCCUGAUCUGACCAAGCUUGACAGUGUCCUGGGUCUACUGUCCACUUCCACCGGUGAUUUCAAGAAGAAGGUGGACCGAAUCGCCCAAGAAAUGACCGAUGCUCAGAGACAGGCUGAACCAUGAAUUUAUCAAUUAAGCUUACCGUUACCAACAUUACCCCAUCAAAAGCAUGCAUUCAUUGUAAACACCAAAAUGGGGCUGUUGAAAUAUUACAAGCAAAUUCUUUGUCAUACCAACUGUUCUUUUUGACCUGUCUGACUAGCCACUAUCUGAUAAUCUGUAUCAUUUCUACCUGUUCUGCAGAAGCCUUAUCAUGAUCAGCUUGAUUAUUGUUUCCUGUCAAUUAUUUUCCAUGACAACACUAAAAACAGGAAGGUGAUUCAACUUGAAACAAGUUCUAGUCUGGAUUCUAGACAGAUUGUGUCCUUAUAGAGCCUCCUUCAGAUAUGCUGUGGUAAAU